AUGGAAGGCGGACAGAGCCAGCAGCAAUCGAAUGACUGGAAGAUAGGUUCGUCUGUGGCGCUGGAGACUGCGCUUGGGGAGCGCGUGGAAGGCGUGGUGUAUGCCUUCGACCGCGUGAUGAACUGCGUCAUCCUGCAAGACGCCCCCAUGAAUCCGACGCAGAAGAAGACCUACCGCAUCAUCAAUGCCAACUUCAUCAAGAAGAAGGGGCCAGGACCCGCCCUGCCCGCGUCGACCAUGGACGUGCGGCCGGUGCGGCCACUCGACAUGGGCCGCAUCAGGGCCAAGGAGGCCAGUGCUGUCGCCGAUGCCCGAAAGGACGCAGCCCGCAUCAACACCAACGUCAGCACCGACGCACAGAAGAUCUUCAACGCCCUCGCCAAAACGCUGCCGUGCCGAUGGGAGAACGAAACGAUCGUUAUUUUCGACGAUUUGCGGAUCUCGAGUCCCUACCGGGUGGAGGACGUGCGUGGCGGCGCCAUGACCUCCAAACACGAGCUCGAGAGAGUCAAGAGAGUGUUGGACGGGGAGAAGCGGCGACUUGGUCUGUCAAAGUAG